AUGAGUGGCGGCUACGGCUCAUACAACCCCUAUGGUGGCCAGGGAGGCUACCAGCAGGCGAGCAGCAUAGAGGAGGGUAAUGGUAGCUAUGAGAUGAACCAGGUGGGUGGUGGCUAUGAUACCCAGCCUGCCGACCCGACCAGCUUGCUCAACAAGUGCCGUGAAAUCAACGACGGUAUCGCCGACAUUCGCGCCAAGCGCGAGGGACAGCUCGCUGCCGCACAGAAUGCUUUGCUGGACUCGAGCACCGGAAAGGAAGACCAAGUUUCUCGCCAGGCCCUGGAUUACGUCGAGGACGAAAUCAACAACGGUUUCCGCUAUCUCCGUGACCUCCUAAAGAAGAUCAAGCAGACUCCCGGCUCUGGAGACAGCCGUGUACAGACCCAGGUCGAUGUGACCAGCCGCAACCUGCGCCGCGAAAUCGAGCAGUACCAGCGGGCCCAGUCGGAUUUCCAGAAGCGUUUGAGGGAGCAGGUUCGCCGCCGAUAUGAAAUCGCCAACCCCGAUGCGACCCCGGAGGAGUUGGAGCAAGGUGUUGAUAAUGUUCUCAUGGGCCAGGAGCAGACCUUCCAGCUUACUGGUAGCCGGACUCGUCAAGCCAACGAUGCCAGACAGGCUGCUCUGGAGCGUUCGGCCGCAAUUCGGAAGAUUGAGCAAGAUAUGAUCGAGCUUGGUCGGCUGUACCAAGAAGUCGCAGAGCUUGUUCACCAGCAGGAACCCGCCGUCGAGCAGAUCAACCAGGGUGCCGAAGAAGUCGCUGGAAACGUCGCGAACGCCAACACUCAGAUCACCCAUGCCAUUGACAGCGCGCGUCGGGCAAGAAAGUGGAAGUGGUAUGCCUUGCUUAUCAUCAUUCUCAUCAUUGCCAUCGUUGUUGGUGUCGCUGUCGGUGUCACCCAGGCAAACAAGUCUUAA